AUGUACGAGCAGGCAGAGCCUGUCCGGUUGCCUUUCUCCGGCCCCGACAGCCCCCAACCCAGCGAGCCGCCACCCCAACCCCGUCCCGUCCGUCAGAGCGGUUCACGCGGGCGUGUCCGCCAUGGCAACGGCGCUUCUGACAAGCAGCGGGAAGACCAGGACACGUCUUCACACACGUACGAAAACGCUGAGGAGGCGAAACGUUACGCAACGUCUGCAGACGGCGCGUAUCCGGGUGGAGCGAGCGGCCGCCGGGGUGUCUGUAGCUUCCUCCUCGCCCGCCGCAGCUUCCUCGCCGCCGGCAUCGCCGUGCUACUGAGCCUGUGCGCCAUGGGACUCGCCCCUCUGACGUUCAGCAACAAACAGGAAAUAUCUCAAUUGUCCACCACUGUUGACGCCUUGAAGCGCGACCAAGACGGCAUUACCACCACUGUUGACGCCUUGAAGCGCGACCAGGACGGCAUUACCACCACUGUUGACGCCUUGAAGCGCGACCAGGACGGCAUUACCACCACUGUUGACGCCUUGAAGCGCGACCAGGACGGCAUUACCACCACUGUUGACGCCUUGAAGCGCGACCUGGACAACGAGCGAAGCCGAACCGCUGCCUUGGAGCAGCGCCUUAACAAGAUUGAGAAGACUUUACUUACAUCUUGUACGUGUCCUGAAGGUUACACAAUCUGGCGUGGAAUCGGCUACAAGGCCUUCAACACGCGCAAGACCUUCCGCGAAGCGGCCGCGGCCUGUCGUCAAGACGGUGGCACCCUCGCCAUGCCCCGAGACGCUGACACCAACGCCUUCCUCAUCUUCCUGAAAAACUCCGUGACCGACUAUAAGGACUUCUGGAUCGGCCUGCACGAUCAGCGCGAAGAGGGAAAGUUUGAGUGGGUGGACGGUUCUGCACUUGGGUCGUACAGCUCCUGGGGUCGGGGAGAACCGAACGACGAAUGGCAUGAUGAUGACGAAGAUUGCGUCAAUUACUCCGCAGGCAAGAAAGACAAAUGGAACGACGCGCCAUGCCACUUUCAGCUUUACUUCAUGUGCCAAGUUGCUCCAGGCCGUGCAUAA